AUGGACUUUGAGAGAAAACCAGCAACGGAGACGAACGGGGAGACGACACACAUCAUCACCAUCGAAGAAGGAGGGGGGCUGUUGCCGACGAAGAAACAUUUUAUACCCGGAAGCAGAACGCUGACGUUCCUUUCACGAAUACAGAGCCACAAGACUUUCCGCACGAAGCAGAAGCUCGCCAAGGCGCAGAAGCAGAACCGCCCUAUCCCCCAAUGGAUCCGUCUUCGCACCGGUAACACCAUUCGCUACAACGCGAAGAGACGCCACUGGCGCAAGAGCAAGCUCGGCAUCUAA